UUCUCUCUCCCUCUCCCAACAUGGCGGCCUCAGCAAAAAAGAAGAAUAAGAAGGGGAAGACCAUCUCCCUAACAGACUUUCUAGCUGAGGAUGGGGGCACUGGUGGAGGAAGCACCUAUGUCCCCAAACCAGUCAGCUGGGCUGAUGAAACAGACGAUCUGGAAGGAGAUGUGUCAACAACCUGGCACAGUAACGAUGACGAUGUGUACAGGGCACCUCCAAUUGACAGAUCCAUCCUUCCCACUGCUCCACGGGCUGCUCGGGAACCCAAUAUCGACCGGAGCCGUCUUCCCAAAUCGCCACCCUACACUGCUUUCCUAGGGAACCUGCCCUAUGAUGUGACAGAAGACUCCAUUAAGGAAUUCUUUAGAGGACUAAAUAUCAGCGCUGUACGCUUACCAUGUGAACCCAGCAAUCCAGACAGGUUGAAAGGCUUUGGCUAUGCGGAGUUUGAGGACCUGGAUUCUCUGCUCAGUGCUCUGAGUCUCAAUGAAGAGUCUCUAGGUAACAGGAGAAUUCGAGUGGACGUUGCUGAUCAAGCACAGGAUAAAGACCGGGAUGAUCGUUCUUUUGGUCGAGAUAGAAAUCGGGAUUCUGACAAAACAGACACAGACUGGAGGGCCCGUCCCGCCACCGACAGCUUUGAUGACUACCCGCCUAGAAGAGGUGACGAUAGCUUUGGAGACAAGUAUCGAGAUCGUUACGAUUCAGACCGGUACCGGGACGGGUACCAGGAUGGGUACAGGGACAGCCCACGCCGAGAUAUGGACCGCUAUGGGGGCCGGGAUCGAUAUGAUGACCGAGGCAGCAGAGACUAUGACCGAGGCUAUGACUCCAGGAUAGGCAGUGGCAGGAGAACAUUUGGUAGUGGGUACCGUAGGGAUGAUGACUACAGAGGAGGUGGGGACCGCUAUGAAGACCGGUAGGACAGAAGGGACGAUCGAUCAUGGAGCUCCAGGGAUGACUACUCUCGGGACGAUUAUAGGCGUGAUGACAGAGGGCCCCCUCAAAGACCCAAACUGAAUCUAAAGCCUCGGAGUACUCCUAAGGAAGAUGAUUCCUCUGCUAGCACCUCCCAGUCCAGUCGGGCGGCUUCCAUCUUUGGAGGGGCGAAACCUGUGGACACGGCUGCCAGAGAGUGGGAAGUUGAGGAACGGCUACAGAAGGAGCAGGAGAAGUUGCAGCGGCAGCUGGAUGAGCCGAAACUAGACCGCCGGCCACAGGAGAGACACCCAAGUUGGCGAAGUGAAGAAACUCAGGAAAGAUAACGGUCGAGGACAGGAAGUGAGUCAUCACAGACUGGAGCCUCAGCCGCAUACUGUCACUCUCCAACCUCCAAACCUCCUAAACCUGAUCAGCCUGUGAAGGUAAUACCGGCCCCUCCACCAAAGGAGAAUGCGUGGAUGAAGCGAAGCUCUAACCCUCCUGCUCGAUCUCAGAGCUCAGACACAGAGUAGCAGUCCCCUACAAGUGGAGGGAAGGUGGCCCCCACUCAGCCCUCUGAGGACGGACCAUCAAGGAAAGAUGAAAAUAAAGUAGAUGGGAUGAGUGCCCCAAAAGGCCAAACUGGGACCUCCAGUCGUGGUCCUGGAGAAGGAGGGAGCAGAGACCCCUGGAAGGAGUUGGACAGGAAAGAUGGCAAAAAAGAUCAAGACUCCAGAUCUGCACCUGAGCCAAAGAAAUCUGAGGAGAAUCCAGCCUCUAAGUGCAGUUCUGCAAGCAAGUAUGCUGCUCUCUCCGUGGAUGGUGAAGAUGAGAAUGAGGGAGACGACCACACUGAGUAGACCUCCACGUGCUGUGCUUUCUUCUAGUCUCCACCCCGGAACAUUCAAGAGCAAAUCAAACCUCUAUCCAGACAAGAAAAAAUAAAACUCACCAUCUCCUGAAGACCUUUCUUAACUUUUUUUUAAUGAAAUGAAAUUGUUUUGCAUGCUGCUGCAGCCUUUUAAAGUAUUGAAGUAACUGGAGAAUCACCAUUGUAGCCAGAGAUGUGGCUACCGCUUUUGAAUGGGGAAGUUGUGAUCUGUCCUGAUGAUACCAAGCAGCCACCUGUGUGACUAGUGCCUAGGGCUCCAUUCAGCAGAAAUGUAGUGACAGUGAGGCAGUAGAGACAGGUACAAGGAAGAGUGAGAUGUCUGCCUUGUCAUUCUUAUCCUGUGGUGGUACCCAUGAAUUCCCGAACAUCAUCUGAAUAAAUUUCCCAUCCUUGGAAAGGUA